CCACUUCCUAUCUUCUCAUCUCAUCUCAUCUUCUCUCCUCUUCUUUUCCACGAUCCAAACCCUAGCAUCUGUUGGAGAAAGCAAAAUAAUGACGGGAAAAGCGAAGCCGAAGAAGCACACGGCGAAGGAAAUCGCCGCGAAAGUCGAUGCUGCGAUGACGAACAGAGGCGGCGGAAAGGCCGGAGUUGCUGAUCGGACCGGCCAGGAGAAGGGCGGUCACGCUAAGUAUGAAUGUCCUCACUGUAAGAUCACUGCACCGGAUGUUAAAACGAUGCAGAUUCAUCAUGAAUCGAAGCAUCCUAAGAUCCCUUAUGAUGAAUCGAAGAUCACUAACCUUCAUGCUGUCCUCGCACCCGUCGCGGAUACAUCGAAGCCUCGUCCUGGUAUUCGUGGAAGUCUCAAGAAGUGAAUUUAUCUAUCUAUUAUCGCCGAUGAAAUCCAGAUCCUGCGACGGUUUUUGGUGGUGGCGAUUCAAUUUAGGUUCGAUUUCUCUAAUCUGUUGUUUGUUAAAUGAAUGAUGGUUCAUGGUGUUGUUGUUGUUAUAAAGCUAUGUGACGCACUUAAAUACUUAUUUGCAGUCUAUGAUCUGAAAUCUAUCUUUUAGAUUGUGAGUUUUGCACUGAUCUUUUCAUCAUGUUCAUAAUACGAAUCGUAUGUUGAUUUGGAUA